CGCGAUCUUCCUACCUCAGCCUCCUAGAGUGCUAGGAUUACAGGUAACGUGCCACCAUACCUGACUUGUAACUCCUCUUAAAUAUUGCCAGACUGUGCCACAGAAAAACUGACCAACCUAGAAUUCCAGCAAGUGAGGGAGGCCACAGUCUGUAGAAAGUUACUCUCUCCUGUUAAGUCCACUCUAACUUCACACUAGCAUCAAACAAACAAACAAAAAAAAACACUUCUCAGUGUUUCUUCCAGCUGCCAUGGGCACACGGCGGCUUCACGCAGCUCUCCGAUGCCUUUCAGGUGUGGGCAUCGGCGUGGUCCACGCGGGGUACGAGCGGCGCCUGGCCCACCACCUGGGGGCCCACAGCACACCCUCCAUCCUGGGCGUCAUAAACGGCAAGGUCUCCUUCUUCCACAACGCCGUGAUCCAGGAGAACCUGCGGCGCUUCGUGGAAAGCCUGCUCCCGGGGAGCCUGGUGGAGAAGGUUACAAGUAAAAACUAUGUCCGAUUCCUCUCCGGCUGGCGGCAGGACAAUAAGCCACGCGUCCUUCUGUUUGACCAGGGGCCCUCUGUGCCGCUGCUCUACAAGCUGACUGCGUUCGCGUACAAAGACGAUCUGUCGUUCGGCUACGUGUCCGUGGGGACGAGAGGGGCGGAAGAGAUGACGAGGCGGUACAACGUCAACGUGUACGCGGCCGCCGUCCUGGUCUUCAAGGAGCACGUCACCAAGCCGGCCGACAUGAUCCAGGUGCGCAGUCUGAAGAGGCGGGUGAUGGAUGACUUCAUCACCCAGAACAAGUACCUGCUGGUGGCCAGGCUCAGCAGCCAGAAGCUGUUCCACGAGCUCUGCCCCGUGAAGCGGUCUCACCGCCAGAGGAAGUACUGCGUGGUCUUCCUGACCCCCGAGGCCACAACGCUGAGCGAGCCCUUUGAGGCUUUCCUGUCCUUUGCCCUGGCCAACAAGCAGGACACGGUGAGGUUCGUGCACGUCUUCAGCAGCCGGCAGCAGGAGUUCGCCGGCUCCCUGCUCCCAGACAGUGAGGCGUUUCAAGGGAAAUCAGCGGUGUCUGUCUUAGAAAGGCGCAACACGGCAGGAAGAGUGGUGUACAGGACCCUGGAAGAGCCCUGGACCGGCAGUGAGAGGGAUAAGUUUGUCCUCCUGGGCUUCCUCGACCAGCUGCGCAGGGACCCAGGCCUCCUGGCGUCCGAGGCCGUGCUGCCAGACCUGACGGACGAACUUGCCCCGGUCCUUCUCCUCCGAUGGCUCUACUCCGCCUCUGACUCCCUGGCCGACUGCUGGGACGUCCUGUUUCACAGUAACUGGCGGGAGAUGAUGCCCUUUCUGUCCCUGAUCUUCUCCGCCCUCUUCAUCCUCUUCGGCACCGUCAUCAUCCAGGCUUUCAGCGAGUCCAGCGAUGAGCAAGAGUCACACCCUCCGGAUAAAGAGGAGGUUCCUGAGAAGGCUGGGAAGACGGAGCCGAGCUUCGCCAAAGAAAGCAGCAGCAAGAUUCCUAAAAAAGGUUUUGUGGAGGUCACGGAGCUCACGGACGUGACGUACACCAGCAACUUGGUCCGCUUGAGGCCGGGCCACAUGAACGUGGUCCUCAUCCUGUCCAACUCCACCAGGUCCACCCUGCUUCAGAAAUUUGCCUUCGAGGUCUACACGUUCACUGGGAGCGGCAGCCUGCACUUCUCCUUCCUGAGCCUGGACAAGCACCGGGAGUGGCUGGAGUACCUCCUCGAGUUCGCCCAGGACGCGGCCCCGAUCCCGAACCAGUACGACAAGCACUUCAUGGAGCGCGACUACACCGGCUACGUACUGGCUCUGAACGGCCACAAGAAAUACUUCUGCCUCUUCAAGCCCCAAAAGACAGCGGACGAGGAAGAGGCCACGGGGUCCUGCGGUGAUCUCGGCGAGGCUCGGGGAAAAGCUUCUGGGGGCCCCGGCCCCAGGCCCAUCAAAGGGAAGCUGAGCUCGCUGUCCCUGUGGAUGGAGCGCCUGCUGGAAGGGUCCUUACAGAGGUUCUACAUCCCGUCCUGGCCAGAGCUGGACUGAGGGUCUCCGGAAGAGCUGUGAGCUCUCCAGGUUUUUAACUGCUCUUCGGAACAGGUAUCGGCAGGACUCGGCUGUCACCAUGAACAGAGUGUAGAUUUUAGAUCACUUCCAGCACAGAGGCAGACGAAUCUCCUGUGUCCCGGAGUGACCACACCACAGGCUUCACGUCCCUACAUCAAAAUCUUUCUUUUCCCUCUGGGGUUUUCUGUCCUCAUUUGAAUGCCUCACCGCUUAAACGGACUGCUGUGGUCCCUCCCGUUUGUUACCUCUCCCGGCCCGGCCCGGCCCGGCCUGUCACCCACGUCGCGCGGCCCUUCCCCUCCGCCCACCCGGGCCCUGCCGCGCGUGCUGCACACACAGCCGGCGCCUCGAGAGGCCUCGCUCCGAGCGGUCCCCCUGGAGUGGUCCCGGGUGAGCGGCGAGCAGUACAUCUCGGGGUACGCCCCGCAGACAGCUUGGCAGCGACAGCCUUGGAGGGGGGCCACCCGAGAGUUUGGUGUUUCCUCCCAGGCGGCCCCGGGAAGGCUCUGCCCCGCGAGGAGCACCGCUGGGACCCGGAGCCGUUGACCUGUGCGUUUCCAGACGCCUUUCUGCCCCCGUCAGUUUUAGGGUACAGAUGUUAGGACCCAUAACUUGUAAGCUUGUUCUCCGAGCGCAGGCAGAUAAGCUGCUCUGAGGUGAAAUUGAGGACGGGUGACUCCUGCCUGCCAGGGGUCGGUGGAGCAACCUCUGCACCCCCGGUGUCGUCUUUGUAUCGAGGAACCGAAGCUUGCUCAGCAGCCCCCGAGUGCUGUGUCUUCAGGUCGUCUUCGUGACAAGUGAGCUGAGCCUUAGCCUAGACUCCCGUUUGCAGCGGCUUCCUCUUCACUUCUGGCCUCAAUCCCGGCACCUCGGCUUCAUGGCUGCUGCCUUCCCAUGGCGCCUGUGCUCACGGGGCCAGGGACGCCCCGGUCACCAGUGCUUCCCGCGUCUCGGGCCGGGCCUGUCCUGCCAGCCACGAGCAGGCGUUCUGGUUCUUAGGGCCAAACCAGUGAGAUGGGACAGCUUCCAGAGUGGUCUGCUCUGCUGUCGAAACCCACGCCCUUUUGUAAGAUGAAGGGUGAAAACCAGGGAUGGGACGUGUACUAAGUUCGCAUUUGGCUAAUCAUAAUGCUUUUACCAAGCCACGUGGAUCCUUGAUCAGUUCAACAUUUAGCUACAAUGGAACAUUAUGAAUUACUUGAGCCCGGGGAUUCCUGUGGCUUUUCAUGGAGUCUUAGAGCUUUUUUUUUUUUUUUUGGUACCGGGGAAUCGAACUCCGGAACUUGCACUUAUGAGGCAGGCACCGGAACCACUGCGCUAAAUCCCCGGCCCAUAGCUUUAUUAAUAAAGAACUCAGUGCCAGGCAUGGCUCCUCCAUAUGACCCUUGAUGCCGGCUGUGGUGCUUUGUCUGCGGCACCUGCCCAGCUGGAUUUCUCUUCAUUGGCUCCUUGUUAUACUGGCCUCAGAAUUAUUUUCUAGCUUUCUUUAUUUUUGUUUUUAAUGGUCAGGUUGCUUGUAGGAGUAGUGAUUUGGUUCAUUAGUCAAGUUUUUGUUUUUUGUACCAGGGAUCGAACUCGGGACCUUGCGCUUGUGAGGCAGGUGCAACACCACUGAGCUACAUCCUUGGCCCAGGAUUUUAUUUUUAAGUUGUGAUCACAAUGUAAAUUCCUGGCUUUAAUUUCUAAAAACCAAAAACAGCCCAGAUUGUGCUCUUUUUUAAAAUCUCUAUCAUUAAAAGCACCUGCAGACAGCUGUACCUUCUGCUUGCAACAGGAAGGGAAGCAGUGAGGGACUGACAGUGCCCCUGGCAAAUGUUUCGGUCCAAACAUCCUGCGGGUCUGCCCGGGGCGCUGGUCUCCCGCACCGCUGGCCUCCCUUCCAGAAAGCACCCCGGUCAGUUUUCUGAGGUUCAUGCUCUUCAUACUUGUAGCCUUUUAUUUAUUAUCAUGCUAAUCAAUUUGCAGCUACCAUCCAGAGGUAUGUUUUCUUGAUGUUAAAAAAAAAAAUGGGGUUGGGUAUAGGCCUGUAACCUCAGCACUCAGGAGGCUGAGGCAGGAGGGUGGCUACAAGUUCGAGGCCAGCCUGGACUACAUAGUGAGUUCAAGGUCCGUCUGAGCUAUGUAGCAAAACUGCCUCAAAAAAAACAAGAUGUGGAAUCUGACUAUGGUUUAAAUGAUUUGCUUUGUUUGGAAGUUGGAAUAGGAAGCAAGUGGCCAUCUUUUCUCUUAAUAGGAGAAGUCCCUAAAAGCCGGAGCGUGACUCCAGGUGGGGCUCUGUGGUAAAGCACGUAUCUCACAUGUGCCAGGCACUGGAUGGAUUUGAUCUCUGCCAUCACCAAAACCAAAACCAACGGAUUCCAAAACAUCUUUGCAGAUGAAAUUUAGUUCACGCCAAGCAUCUGACAUUGUCCCAAGAAAACAAAAGGUAGUGUGGCAGCUGCUGAAUCUGUUCAAGAAUGAUAAUUACGCUUGAGAAACCAAUCAGAGAAGGUGAAUAUUUUGCACUUUUGAUACUCUUUAGAACAAAUAACUUAUUUGGCAAGUUGUAUCUUUUUUAUGUUUGGAGAUUUGUUUGUUUGUUUCCUGGGGGGGGCUGUUUUGUUUUCUUGUAUUGUGAACAGGCACUGAAGCUGAUGUUAUUUGUUUUAAGAUUACAGACUGGAAUCCAAAUAAACUAUUUUAAUGUGUGACUGCUGUCGGGUAGCUCUUACAUUAUAAGCUAAAGAUUUGAUCACAGAUACAUUAUGGACAAAAUCAAAUUUACACGUAACUCUGCAAGGGCUCGGGGUCAGCACAGUCCUAACCAAGAAUUCUGGGAACUGUCGCCCUAGACAGUGCCUCAAUUUAAAGAGCAGAUAAAUGUGGUAGGAAUUGUCCAGGAAUCCCAGGACUCUGGGAGGCUGAGGCAGAAGGGUCACAAGUUCAGGCCCAAGCCCAAUCUGGGCGAUCUAACAAUUUCCUAAGACUCUGUCAUACAAAAUUUAAAAGGGGCAGGGAUGUAACUCAGAGGCACUGGGUGUAAUCCCCAGUACCACAAAAAGAAAAGUAGCUCCUGCAAACCUGAGUCUCCUAGGGAGAUGGUGAGGGGUUUCAUCGAGGGUUCAGCCAUGUGGUGCAGAGCAGGAGAUGUUUUGGGCCUUUCCCAGGCACCCUCCUAGGACCGGUAUGUAUUUUCUUUCUAACUUUCACUUAUAUUUACAAUGGUUCUAAAACCAAGAUACAGCCCUUAUGCUCCUCAAGAAGGAACUGUAUUUUAAAAGAAGAUUCUGUAGCAGCAUGGAAAAUCUACACAGUGCUAUUCCGUAAAGAUUUUUAAAUUUCAUUGCUCCCAAGUUUUAGAUGACCUUGGAUGAAUUCUCCAUCCUCUCCCACUGUGUCCUCCACCCUCUUUCAUCAGAGGAAAAACUCAAAAGCGGUAUCAGAGCUUAACUUCCUGUGUCCACUCAAACUCCUGGAUAACGGGUGGCUGUUGGGGUUAGAGUUUUGAAUGUCUUUAUUUUACAGCCCCAGGACACUUCCAACAGACAGCUGUAGUGGCAGAUUCAUACUCAAGACUGACGGCUGGGCGUGGUGCGCAUGCCUAUAAUCCCAGCACUCGGGAGGCUGAGGCUGGAGGAUCUCUGUGAGUUGAGACCAGCAUGGGCUACA